AGAAGCUUGUUGUAACCAAUGAGGUGGCAGAUUACAUGGCUAACCAGGAAGUGCUGAGAGAUUGCCGGUGACUGCAUGUUGUGUGAAUAGGGGACAAUGAACAAGGAUUUGCAGGAUUCUCAUGAUCCCCAGUCGCUUUCGAUGGCAGAACAGGUGACGGAAGCAACAGCAUCUGGGGUGUUCUGUAGCAGAGUACUCAAUAUGGUGAAUUCAGAGGAUGUUAAUGCUAUCAUUCUAGCUCAGAGACACAUGCUUGAUCGUUUUGAGAAAACCAAUGAAAUGUUGCUCAAUUUCAAUGGUCUCUCAAAUGUUCGAUUGCAACAGAUGAGUGAUCGGUUUGCACAUCACACCAGGACACUGGUGGACAUGAAGAAAGACUUGGACAUCAUCUUUAGAAGAAUCAGGACGUUAAAAGGGAAACUGGCAAAGCAAUAUCCAGAGUCUUUUAACAAUGUUCAUGAAUCUCCCAUCCUAGAAGAUGAUGAUGAUUUUGAUCCAACCCUCAAAAGUGCUGCCACCACAAUUGCGACUUCAGAGCAAAGCACAGGGUCUUGUGACACAAGCCCCUCCAUUAUUUCACCUGCAAUGAGCCAGGACUUUGAGGACUUAUCUCAGGCUCCUUCUGACACUCCAUCUGUCAAUGGGCAGAUACUGACAGACGAAGAGGUGGUCCAUGAGGAUUAGCAGACUAGAGGAUGAAAGCGACACCAAUGUCUAAAUUAUGGUUGUGUGCUUUUCUUCAACCUCCAGCACAAUGCAUUGUCAUCCUUCUGCCACCAAGGAAUUCUUGUUAUGCUGCCUGGAAAUAAGCACCCUGCAUUGUCAAGUAAUCCUAAGAAGCAAAGCUUGGGUCAGUGUUGCGUGAAAGGGUGGUUGAUCCCAGAUGAUUCAUGGCUGAGCUAGCUCUUCCCAGGACUCUUAGCUGUUGCUUUUUGGAAAGCUAUUUCUGCACUCUUGGCUUGCUUUUGGUACCAGUAUUGCAGAUGCUACUUCCCACCUCUCCCUCCUUGUCCUUUUUAAAACACAUGCUUGUACACUGAACCUUUUUUCUUUCUCCUUUUUUGGUCAAUAAUUAUGUUACAUCCUUUUGCUAAUGCACUUUCUUAACUAGUAUUUAUUCUCUAUUUUAUGCCCAUUUCCAUGUUUAUAUUAUUGCAUUCACUUCUUCCCUCGCCUUGUGUUACUUUCCUUUCAUUUCCUAUGACUUUUAAUCUUUUCUGAAUUUUGUCAGAAAGAUCAUAUUUGCCUUUUUUGUUAUUUUGGAUAAAAAUGUGUUAGGUUUCUAAACAUUUAGCAAAAACUACUGCAGGGAAUUUACUUUUUCCCCCCUGAACAGCACAAUUGCAAAUUUGAUUCUUCAUCAUUGAUUGCGUUUAUUUAUGCUCAAGCCUUGGGUCACAAAAUUUAAUGUAAACCAACUUAAUGCUUUGUAAGAAGACCUGAAAGUGAUUUAAAAAAAAAAAACUAUAUGUAAAAAUGUCAAAGCAUACGAUUUAACUUAUCCCAAGGAGGUAUCAUCAUGUCUAAAGAGUACAUAUCUGUAUCUGCUUGAAAAGGAAGUGUUAUUUGCAUUUACCAAAUCAUGGUAUUUAGCACUUAUUUAAUUCUUAAUUAUUUUUAAGCUUUUUCAGCAUCCCUUGCAAUAAAAUUAAAUUAUUUGUACCAAA